AAUUUGUAGGAAAUACCUCACAUAUUAAAUACGAUGCCUUAUGCAUUGGCCUGGAUCAGUUUUAAAUUAAUUCUUUUUAGUCAUACGUUAUUUAGAAUAAUGUUAUGUAUUAGUUCUGUACUGGUGAACAGCUACUAUUUUUUUUUCUAAAUCAGAGCAUUUUUGUAGAAUUUGUGCAGUUGCAGUUGUUAGGAUAUAGAAAUUUAAACUAUUUAAUUAAUGCUCAGCAGUGAUGUUAAUAAAUAAGUAGUAAAACAAAUGUGUUUGCUUCAUGGAUAAGUGAGCCUUUGCUCCUUAAGCUGUGACCUGUUGAAAGGUAUUUAAGUACAGAUUAUAUAUACCAUUAUUAGAGAAACUGUAGCACUGAUAUCUGCAUUUUUAUUAGUGGUAGUAAAGAAAACCUUGACCUUUGGCUUAUAGGGAUGUGUGUCCAAUGAAAUAACCGAUAAUAGGUGAUCUUGUUAUGAAGUUUGACUGCGUAUAUUGAAUCUUUAGCCUAAACACAUGUAGAUAAUAUGUUACCUUUACCCACACUUGUGGGUCUACUAAAUAGUGAUAUGAAAGAGCAAACACGAAGCUGUAGGCAAAAAAGGUGUGUCAAACACUGACGUCUAAACUGUUAUACAGAGGUGAACCUGACCUGUUUUGGCUUGUCAUCCUCAUGCUCAAACAAAUCUGACUGGGCAGAGCUCUGUUAGGAAGGCGGAGUUAAAAGUCUAGUCCAGGAAGUUCUAUUACAGCUUGUUGCAUUUGACACAGGCAAGGGGAAGCUUCAAAAGCAGCAUAAUAGAGCUCCAGCAAUAAACUACUGAAGGGUCUAAGAUCAUGAGUGCUGAAAUAAGUGGGCAAACAGUGCCGACCGAGGAACCGGCAGCUGCUGGUUCAGGUUCAGCUCCCAUUAAAGGAGGGUGGAAAUGCCCAUUGAGUGAUGCCCAUGUUCACAGAGAAGAUGUGAGAAAAGUUUGGAAAGAGUGCCAAGAGGAGAGCUUCUGGUACAGAGCGCUUCCAUUGUCUCUGGGCAGCAUGGCUGUCACCGGUGGUCUCAUCUACCAAGGUAUUUGGAAAUCAUCAAAGCGAUUUGGUCCUUUUCCAAAACUAGCAGUUGCAGGGAUCCUUGGAUUUGCAGUGGGGAAAGCAUCCUAUGUGGGCACUUGUCGGAGCAAAUUCCAGGAGCUUGGCAUUCAGGGUGGACCGGGGAUUGGACCCUGGUCAAAGAGAGAUCACCCUGGUCACAGACACAGGGAGAGCAGACCCUGCCACCAUGUGUGUGAAGAAUGUAAGAAAAAUGCUCCAGCAGCACCAGCUGGACAGGCUUAAAGACUGUGAGGAUGGAUGUACGUGUUGGAGAGAUUUUCUGCAUGAAUUCAUCACCUUCUUAUCAAUGUCUUAAAUAAAACUUGUAAACACGUC